AUGGAAUGUCUUCCCACAGCAAAUCCCAUUUAUUCGCACAAGAGCGAGGGAUUGAAAACGGAAUAUCAUGCUGCCUUUGAAAUUGAAUACAAAUGCGACAAUCCCAAUCUGAAGUGGAAGGUUCAUUUGGGAGAUGUGGUUGCCUUUUCUACACUUGACAAGGCUAACACUCCCAAAUCGAUUGAAGAAUUCAUGCCCGACCAUUAUGAAAAAGCAUCGCCGCAUUGGAAACUGGGAUUGGUCACUCUACUGAAACAGGAGCAGUCGCCUAAAUCGCAAUCCAUAUCCAUUCAACUUCGGAUUCUAGAAAAGUUGUUGGACACUCCUUUUGCCAAGGACAAGAAGAUCACGAGCACCUUUCGACCAUUUCGCAAACAUGACAAUCUCUCUCAACUACCACAUGUCUUGGUCAAGACGGAAAACUAUCAAUCCAUAUCUCCCAAUCAGAUGUUGCCUUUGAGGAUUCACAUGUUGAGUCGACAGGAGUUUUAUCCGAACGGAGUGAAUCAUGAACAUGAAGAAGAUAAUCUUCAUUUGAGAUUUCAUGUGACCAAGGAGAGAAUCGGUGGCGUCAACAAGCCAGCUUUGGUCAAUAGCGACCCUGACGUUUGGGUCCAUCUCAACGUGCACAAUAGGCCAACCAAUCCUCAGAAAACACGGAUACCGGUGGCAUUGCAGGAAUCAUGGAAGCAUCAUACCAAUUUUUUUGGUCAAUAUCCAGAGCUCUUGCCCAAGUUGGUAUAUGCCUACAAGAAUAUUGCCUUACCUUCGAAAUGGGAACAGCACCUGCACUAUCUAAAUCAAAACGCAAAAAAUGACGAAGAGGGUGGCGCCGCGGAGGAAGAGACUUUAUCCACAGAUGAUCAAGUCGAUCAACGAACAAGCAACAAAAAGGAGAAAGCGUCCAGCAACAAACGAAAGGCGUCAUCUAGCAAAAAGGGAUCUACCAAGCGAGUGCGAAUUCAGACUCCCGACGAAGAAAAUAAGAAUGCCAAUGGUGCCAAUCGAUCCAAAUCAUCGACUACCAAGAAGAAUACGACUACGAAACGGCCUUCCAUUCUCGCGAAUAGAAGCAAUACCACUAAUACCAGCGCUACCAAGAAGCGAAAACCCAGCAACAAAAAGCAACAAGACGAGCCUACUGCUUCCACCACCACCUCCACAUCAACAACACUGUCCUGCUCCUCUCCCACGGCACGGUCUCCUGGCAACAAGAGCAAGAAGAAGCGAAAGACCAAGGUUGCGCCCCAAGUGGUGGUAGACGAAUCAGACUUGCUACUUCGACUGAAGAAAAAGGAAUACUAUCCAGAAUUGAAACGGCAUGUUGAUUUGAGUGUCUUUUUGGCAAGUGUAACCUCGAAACGAAAGGCAACCACGAACAAAUGGAACAUUCAACCGGAAAACAAUUACUUUGACAUUAGUGUGGGGCAAAUUGUAGCAGUGCUAGUGGAUGGAACCAUGAGCAAUGAUAACAACUCUCCAAGCAGCCAGCAAUACAAUCACAACAAUAUUACCAAGACGCUUUUGGAUACAGAUCGAAUCCAAUGGUCACCGGCGCAAGUGGUUUCCACUUGUUACUCCAAAGACCAGGAUGAGUGGUUGUUGCAAGUGCGAUGGUUCUUUGGGUUGGAGGAAUUGCCAACGGAAAUACAGGAAGCUUUGUUAAAGGACGAUUUCUUUGCUUGCUCACCAGCCUUGUCUAACUCAAGGGUGAUUGAAAGUAUGAAUGUGGAUACUAUCGAGGUAGGAACUGUAUUGCCACUUCAUGUCCAAGUUUCGUCGUCUAUUCCGACUGGUGAGAUGUUGGGAUUGCACGAGGAUGGACUCCCAAUGGUUCAAUUGGCUUGCAAGCAUUUGUUGACGGACAAGGGUCAAAUCGUGAAAAUCGAAAAUGAUUGGGCAGACUACCGAGGUGGACUAAGCAGUCUUCCAGAAGCAUUGCUACGAGGCAUACAAUCGUUGCCUCCAAGUCUGGAACGAAAAACUGUGGACUGGAUUCAAGAAUCUGCCGAGGAUUCUACCAGUAGCGCAGAAGAUACGGAUGCAAUUGCGAGUGUUUCUUCUGAGGCGGUCGAGGGCUCAUCGAAUGAUGAUCAAGAGGAAGAUGAGGACGAAAACGACCAAGAUGAAUCAGAGGAUUCUCAACCAAUGGAAGUUUCGUCAUUGGCGUCAAGUCCAUUGUACGAUCGUUGGAAUCGCGAGUUUCAUGACGGAGUUCGCCUUGACGUGGAUCGGCAUAGCCUGGUCCGGACCUUUUCUCCCAGGACGCGGCAAUGGACCGUCAAGGUUGGAUUUGUCGUUCCGAUUCGCUUGAGCAAAGAAUCAAUACCGAAGGGUUUCAAGAGCAAGAAGAGCUACUGGCACCCGUUUGUCGAGCCAUGGAGUCCUGCUCAAAUUGUGUCCAUCUACAAGAACAAGAUUACGAACGAGUGGAUGAUGCAAAUUCGAUGGUUCGAUCGUUUUCAGGAUUUGCUCCCACAGCAGAGAGCCUCAGUGAAGAACUUUGAUAAACCCUACGUCGUAUUCGAAACAGAAUCGUACGUCCACGUCUCCCUCGAAUCAGUCUUUCCCGGCAGAGUUAUCAUGACAUCCAGCGAUGUUAAUAGUUGGGCGGUGGAGACUAGUUUUUUGACUGGACUGCCACUCAUCCCACGCCUUUGCGGGUACAUGAGUUUGGACGAAGAAAUCGAUACUGCACGGGAUUGGACGAACUAUGAUCUGUCCAUGAAAUCGCUGCCACAGCCAUUGUCUCGAGGUCUCAUGUUGGAUCCCAUCAAUAGAGAAAACAAAGGUUGGAUAUUGAUGCUGAGUCGAUACUACAAGGCUGCCAUUGCCUCGCGUGGAAUUGAUCCGGACGAGCAGUUAAUCAAAAAGUGGGAGGGCGUCGAGGGGCUCCCACUCAGUAUGGAUUUCGAAAAGCUUGAUUGUACUGAAGUGCAAAUCUCGGCAACAGGGAAGAUUUUGUCUUCUGAGGGAUCAGCUGCACUUCAUUUCUUCAAGAAAUUGAGUCUCACGAUUCCAUCACAGAACCUUGUCGUGCCAUCCAAAGUUGAACACCGUUCCAAGGAGUUCGGAUUCUCUUGCAAAAUCGGAGAUCUCGUUUGCUUUUACGAUGAUACAGCUGCAACAAGACCCGACUACGUUGUUAUGAAGCAUUUGAAACACCUCUGGCAUCCCUACCGUGUUCCAUGGCGUUGUGGCCAGAUUCUUUGUGUUUACAAGAGUGCAGUCAAAGAUGUGUUGAGUGUUGAAAUUCGUCGCUUUCUCCGGCACUCGGAUCUUCCAUCUCUUGUUCAAACGUUUGCUCCAUCAGCAAGCGAUAACAACCGGGAAGAGCUUUUUGAAUCAGAUAUUGUAGUUGAAGUGCCUGCCUCCCACAUUCUUGGAACAGCCGACAUCUUUUUCAGCAACUUCGAGAAAGCUGUGAAUAUGAACGAUCCUUCAUCACACGAGAAAUCAAGGGUUUCGUUUCGAUGCAAGUUUUUCUUUCAACACAAGGCGAAAAGAAUACUGCCUAUUCCUGUGUCAUCGUUUACACCAGAGUCUUGGUUUCGCGAAUGUCGAUCUCGGAGUCUUCAGUUCUCAAAUUGGAUUGGAAAGUAUGAUGCUCUCCAGAAGGCAUCCACACCGCUCUCCCCAGGACUCAAUGCAACUACUGUUGUCGACCUUCUCGGUAGCGCCACAAAGAACGACCCGAAGCCGAUGGUACACCUCGAAUCAUGUGGUACCGAAAGAAUGAUGUAUCUUGAAAGCAAAAUCCAGCCAAACUGGUCCAAGUACCAUCAUUGCGGACCAUUUAAUUCAUCCCGAAGCCUGCACUGGAAAAUUCAAGUUGGCGACUUCGUGGCAGUGCACUCUGAAGCAGCAAACAGUGACAGUAUUUGUCUUCCGUUCACCGACGCUUGGUCUGCUGCCCAAAUUCUUGCUAUUUUCAUGGACAAUGACUCCGUUUCAAGCAUCGAGGAACGACUUCGUAUUCAAGUAAGAUUGUUGAAGAUGAAAAAAGUAGCUGAGAACGACAUUCCAUUCCUUGAGCCCCUCGAACUUUUCGAGACGCUAGAGAUCCGUUCGGAGGAUUUACGCGGUCCGCUACUUGUCUGCAGGCAUGGAGAUCUAUUUGAUGAAGAAUGGAAGAGAGCCCAGCAACAGAUUCCGAGUAUUCCCUGUUGGGGAAAUGACUCAUUGUACCUUUCAUUCGAAACCUCAGUGAAGAAGUCUACGCUCUAUUCUCUUGAUGGAAUCAAUGAGAUUUUAUCGAAGGUUGGCGAUGCACACCCAGAAUCAUACAAAUCAGGCGGCAGUUGUGAUCGUCUUGACCCAAGUGGGGUGGCCUGGACGUCAUGCAAACCGUUUCAUAUUGACUUGUCCCAGCUUCGAACCUUCUAUACGAAGAUGGAACUGGUUCCCUCAAGACAAACCUAUGCAGUGUGUGCGAAAGAAGAAAACAACAACGAUCCGUGGACUACACAGAUGGGUGAUGUCGUUUUGAUCCGGUGUGAAGGUGCAAAGCGGUACCCAAUGGACAGCAGCUGGUCAGUCGCUGAAAUUGUCGCCAUCUUCAAAGAGUUUGAUUCAACGGACGACUUGGAAAAAGAUCAGCACACCAAUGGAGAUCGAGCAAUGAGCUCAUCAUCGUUGAGAGUGGAGAUAAGAUGGCUAUACGAACGGCACGACCUUCAGCGAGACCGUACAGUUGAGACUGAUUCACCAGAGGAUUUCGAAGAAGUCUUUGAAAGUGAUCAUACCGAUAUCGUUGACGCAGAAGAUAUUCUCUGCCCAGCAACUUUGUUUUCUGAUUCAGCAAAAUUUACCAAGGUAGCAUCAUUUCGAGGUAUACCAGUGAAGCAAUAUGCAUGCAGACGAUUUUGGUCAACGAAGCGCAAAUCGUUGAUUCCAUGCGGAAAACUUGAGGGGCGCCAAGAGCGUGGAUGGUUGUAUUCAAGAAACUUUCCACAAGAAGCGCAAGACAAAUAUAGUGCUAUAAAUCUGCAAGACAACAGCAAAGAAUUAAGAGAAGAGAGCACCGUCCACUCAUGGCAUGAGAACAUGAAUCGAGUCAUUAGUAAACUCACGUUGUUGGAUGCGUCAACUGGUGCAUAUGAACGAGGCGAAGGACUGGUUGGCAGAGAGAAGGAGCUACAUGAACUACUCUCUUUCUUUCGAGCUGCAAUUCGAGGAACCGCCGGCACUGGUGGUGCGAAAUCAUCCCUUUUCCUGGCAGGGUCUCCUGGUGUUGGCAAGACUGCCUGUGUUCGUGCUGCUCUCGCCCGCUUGCGUAUUGAGCAAUCCUCUGGUGCAAUUCCUAAAUUCAAUCUGAUUUCACUGAAUGGAAUGGAACUGCGACAUCCGUUCGAAGCAUAUGGCAAGUUUUGGGAGGCACUCACUGGGCUGAAGCAUGUGGGGACUCACGAAGCCGCAGCCGCAAGGUUGACGAGAUACUUUACGUCACCAAUUACGAACGGCGUGAAAGACAACAACGCAGUCACAGUUUUACUUUUGGACGAGAUUGACUAUCUGAUGACAGAGAAACAGACUGUUUUAUACGAUUUCUUUGAUUGGCCAAAACGAGCAGCUGAGUUGCGUCACGGAAGGCGACUUGUCGUUGUUGGAAUAUCGAACACUCUGAAUCUGGCAGACCAACUACUACAAAGUGUGAGGUCAAGACUCGGCUCUGAGAACAAGUUGUUAUUUAAGUCCUAUGAUUUGAAGGAGACCAUUGCUAUCCUAGACGCAAAAAUGAAAGAAGCAUCACCUAACAUGGACAUAUUUGAUAAAGACGCAAUUCUGCUUGCCAGUAAGAAAACUGCUGGAUUGAGUGGAGACAUUAGGAAAGUGUUCAAAAUAUGCAGGGACGCUGCGAAGCUUGUACUUCGAAGGUGGGAAGAAAGCGACUCGCCAUAUGAUUCAAGCAACAAAUUCCCAACGGUUAGAAUUGGAGAUGUUCAAAAGGCUAGCCUUCAAUCCUUGGAAACGGCAUUGAAAGUUGCUGUGUCGUUUUCAUCGCCAUAUCAGGCUCUACUGUUGAUCUCGAUCGCUUCAUUGAAGAGAGCUACGGGAAGGGAAGGUAACUUUGACAUCAAGGAUAUCAUGAUGAAAAUGGAGGCAAUUUCAGGCGCCUCAGGACAGGCGCAAUAUUCCCCGCCCCCUUCGUUCGCUCGGACUAUGGAUAUCUUGAUCAUUCUAGCUGAGAGAGGCUUACUUUAUCUAACGACAGCACGAAGUACCAUGGUAAGCUUCCGGGCAAACAAAGGUGGCAGUGGUGGUGCUUGGCCACUGGUGAGUCUCAUGAUAGGCGAAGAUCAGCUUUCUCACGGACUGAAGCGCACAAGACACAAAGAACUUUGCGAGAAGAAUAUCCCAAGCCUGUAUUGA